AGGGCUGCAGCCAAUGGCCGGGGCGCUGCGCGGGGCUGGGCGGGCUGGGCGCGGGGCGCUCUUGGCAGCGCGCUGCGCUCGGGGCGCACAGGCGCUCCGGCGGCGGCUUGGGCUCCGGCUCUGCUCCUGCCCCGCUUCGGCUGCAGCGGUCGUGCCGCUGGCCCCACUCGGCUCGGAAUCCGCCCGUCCCCUCGGCGCCGACCGCCCCGGCCUAGGCGCCCGCGGACCAUGCGCCGGGCAUCCCCUGGGGAACCCGGCCCAGCCGAAAGCCCGCAAACACCAGGCUCCCGGCCCGGGGCCCCUCCCGGCCGGCCGGUCGGCGGUCCGCACCCUGCCCCGCGCCCCGGCGCCGCUUGAGCCCGCGGGGCCAUGGAGCGCACGGCACCCGACGGGCCGCUGAACGCGUCGGGGGCGCUGGCUGAAGAAGCGGCGGCGGCGGCGGCGGCGGCGGCAGGGACGCGCGGCUUCUCCGCCGCCUGGACCGCCGUGCUGGCCGCGCUCAUGGCCCUGCUCAUUGUGGCCACGGUGCUGGGCAACGCGCUGGUCAUGCUGGCCUUCGUGGCCGACUCGAGCCUCCGCACCCAGAACAACUUCUUUCUGCUCAACCUCGCCAUCUCCGACUUCCUCGUGGGAGCCUUCUGCAUCCCCCUGUACGUGCCCUACGUGCUGACCGGCCGCUGGCCCUUCAGCCGGGGCCUCUGCAAGCUGUGGCUGGUGGUGGACUACCUGCUCUGCACCUCCUCCGUGUUCAACGUCGUGCUCAUCAGCUACGACCGCUUCCUGUCCGUCACCCGCGCCGUCUCCUACCGGGCCCAGCAGGGCGACACGCGGCGGGCGGUGUGGAAGAUGGUGCUGGUGUGGGUGCUGGCCUUCCUGCUGUACGGGCCGGCCAUCCUGAGCUGGGAGCACCUGUCGGGCCACAGCGCCAUCCCCGAGGGCCAGUGCUACGCGGAGUUCUUCUACAACUGGUACUUCCUCAUCACGGCCUCCACGCUCGAGUUCUUCACGCCCUUCCUCAGCGUCACCUUCUUCAACCUCAGCAUCUACCUGAACAUCCAGAGGCGCACGCGCGAGCGGCUGGACGGGGCGGCCGGGCCGGAGCCCCCGCCCGAGGCCCAGCCCUCGCCGCCCGCUGCCGCGCGCGGCUGCUGGGGCUGCCGGCGGAAGGGGCGCGGGGAGGCCAUGCCCCUGCACAGGUGCGGGGCGGGGGAGGCGGCCCCCGGCCCCGAGGCCGGGGAGGCGGCCCCGGGGGGCAGCGGCGGGGGCACCGUGGGCUCGCCCACGUCCAGCUCGGGCAGCUCCUCGCGGGGCGCGGAGCGGCCCCGCUCGCUCAAGAGGGGCUCCAAGCCGUCGGCGUCCUCGGCGUCGCUGGAGAAGCGCAUGAAGAUGGUGUCCCAGAGCAUCACCCAGCGCUUCCGGCUGUCGCGGGACAAGAAGGUGGCCAAGUCGCUGGCCGUCAUCGUGAGCAUCUUCGGGCUCUGCUGGGCCCCGUACACGCUGCUGAUGAUCAUCCGGGCCGCCUGCCACGGCCGCUGUGUGCCCGACUACUGGUACGAGACGUCCUUCUGGCUGCUGUGGGCCAACUCGGCGGUGAACCCGGUCCUCUACCCGCUGUGCCACUACAGCUUCCGCCGCGCCUUCACCAAGCUGCUGUGCCCCCACCGGCUCAAGGCGCAGCCGCACAGCUCCCUGGAGCACGGCUGGAAGUGAGCCGGCUCGCCGCGGCCACGCCUCCACGCUGCGGCCCGGGCUCCCGGGCGGCCGCCUGCCGGGUGGGAGCCGCCCCUCGUCUGUGGCCAGGCUGUGCGCCGUGGGGGCCUCUCCCGGACCACCCACCCGCAGGGGAGGCGGCUUGGUGGGUGGGCCGAGCUCGCUGCCUGAACUGAAAUGGGGUGGCCGGUCCUGCCCCCCGAGUCCGAGGUCCACCCCAGGAGGGUCUCAGCCACAAUGUCCACCCCCAGACAGUGAUGGCCAGUGGUGUCCACCCUUUGCACAACUGCUGCUUGGCGUUCUUCCCAAAGCAAAUGCUUGGUAUGUGCUCCGGGCUUCCCCACCCGGGGUCGGCCCCUCGUGGGCCCGCCCCCCACACACUGCACACACCUGGGCGCACCGGUGCACCCUCCCCGCCCGCCCCCCACGAGCCCGGGCCGCCCCCUGCUGCCAGCCGCCCCCUGCUUCCGUCCGGGCCCCGGGCCGUCCAGCCCUCCUUCCUGCGGCACCCACCGCCCCAAAGAGCCGCCGGCCCCCCGGGGACGCGCUGCCACUCUCUGCGUUUCGCGCUGGGUGUCUCGGGAAGACAAAGACGGGGAAAACACAUCUGUGAACUCGCUGUUCCUUGGGUGUUUAAUCAAGAGAGACGAGAUUGCAGAGCAGCUCCGGGCAGGAUUGGCAGGUGCGGGCUCCCACGCCCUCACGCCUCCGGCUCGUUUCCGGCGGGGCUGCGCCAGCUGCGCCCGCCCCCUGCCCCCGGCUGGUGGCUCGGGGGGCGUCCGGGGCCGGACGCCUGCCUGGCAGCUCCGCCAGCGUGUCCUGGGGCUGGCGGUCCGAGGGCCAGCCCCCAGCCCUGCCCCGGGGUCCUGAGGCUCGUGGGGUGGUCAGAGGGGACCAGAGCUGGGGUGCUGAGUGGGGGGCCACUUCACCGCGUCUCCUGCACCCGUGGGCGCCCUGCAUGCCCCGCCUCCCCUGUGCCCGCUGCGCUGGCCCUGCAGACCCUGAGGCCCUCAGUAAAGUGUAUUUUUUAUUGG